AUGCGCGUAGUCGAGAUCAGCCUGGACGGCAGACGGUGUCAGGAUGGAGUUGAACUGGGGGACCCCCGGCGGGAGGCGCAGAAGUGCAUGGUGUGGGGCCCCCAGACACACACGUAUGGAGAUCAUCUGUCAGAGCGAAAGCGAGUGGUCUCCUUGCACAACACCCCAAGGGACCGGAAGCAGAGUCUCCGAGGGACCCCCAAGCCCCGGUGCUCACGGCAGCACCACGCACAACAGCCGGGGGGAAGCACACGAGCGCCACGGGGCGGACAGGCAGCUGGUCCACCCGCACUACGGGACGUCACUCAUCCUCACGAGGAGGUGACACGGGCCGCCCAUGGAAGCGCAGCCGCCGCCGGAGUCCAGCGCUCGAGCCCUGGAGGAGCCGGGUUCUCGGGCAGAGGGGCCGCGGGCCGGGCCGGGGCCGGGAUCGGCGUCCGGCGGGCGAGCAGCCUGACUGUGGGAAGACGAGACGUUGCGGACACUGGGGACGCGGCAAACGACGUGAAGGCGCUGCACGCCCUGCACUGUGCGCUGGAGACGGCGGCCCCGAGACGCCGCCUGGCCCACGGCUCCAGCCUCCACGACGGCGACGCCGCGGGCGGCGUGGCCUGGGCCUGUUUCCUGCUGGGGGAGCGCGCCCUGGUGCGCGUGCGCGGGCCCGACUCGGCGCCCUUCCUCCUGGGGCUGCUGACCAAUGAGCUGCCGCUUCCGGGUCCCGCGGACGGCGCAGGCCCGCCCGCGGCGCGUGCGGGCUACGCCCACUUCCUCAACGUCCAGGGUCGCACGCUCUAUGACGUCAUUCUUUACGGGCUCCUGGAGCGCACGGACCAGGCGCCCGCCUUCCUCCUGGAGUGCGACAGCUCGGUGCUGGGCGCGCUGCAGAGGCACCUGGCACUGCACAGGAUCCGGCGGAAGGUCACUGUGGAGCCGUGCCCCGAGCUGCGCGUGUGGGCCGUGCUGCCCCACGCCCCGGAGGAGGCGGGCGGGGCCGCGCCGCUGCAGGAGCAGGCCCGGGGCGCCGCCAUCCUCGCCCGCGACCCCCGGACCGCCCGCAUGGGUUGGCGGCUCCUCGCCCAGGACGAGGGCCCGGCCUUGGUGCCCGGGGGCCGGCUUGGGGACCUCCGGGAUUAUCACCGGCACCGGUACCGGCAAGGCGUUCCCGAGGGCGUCCAUGACCUGCCCCCAGGAGUGGCCCUGCCCCUGGAGUCCAACCUGGCCUUCAUGAAUGGCGUCAGCUUCACGAAGGGCUGCUACAUCGGCCAGGAGCUGACGGCGCGUACCCACCACAUGGGCGUCGUGCGCAAGCGCCUCUUCCCGGUGCGGCUCUCGGGGCCCCUCCCUGCGGGCGGCAUCGCCCCCGGCACCUCCGUGCUUACCCAGUCGGGGCAGGCCGCCGGCAAGUACAGGGCGGGCCAGGGGGACGUGGGGCUGGCCCUGCUGCGGUCGGAGAAAAUCAGGGGCCCUCUGCACAUCAGAACGGCCGAGAGUGGCCGGGUGGCUCUCACCGCGUCUGUGCCGGACUGGUGGCCCACAGCCACCAAGUAGCCCUGGACGUCCCUGCGCUCCCGCAGGCCCCAGAGGGUCUCUGCCUGUCCGCCUCGCCCUGUAGACCGGCCCCCACUUCCCAGAGUGACCCGGCUGAACACACACCCCUCUG